GUGGAGAUGAGCUGGAAAAGCUUCAACCUGGGGGACGUGUUCCUGCUGGACCUGGGACAACUCAUCAUCCAGUGGAACGGCCCCGAGAGCAACCGGAACGAGAGGCUGAGGGCGAUGACCCUGGCCAAGGACAUCCGGGACCGGGAGCGUGGGGGCCGUGCCAAGGUGGGCGUCGUGGAUGGGGAGGACGAGGGUGCCUCGCCGGGGCUCAUGCAGGUCCUCACGCACGUGCUGGGCGAGAAGAGGGACAUCAAGGCGGCCACUCCUGAUGACAAGGUGGACCAGACGCUCAAGUCUGCCCUCAAGCUCUACCACCUCUCCAACGCCAGCGGGAACUUGGUCAUACAGGAGGUGGCGAUUCGCCCCCUGACUCAAGACAUGCUCUUGCAUGAGGACUGCUACAUCCUUGACCAAGGAGGGCUCAAGAUCUUUGUGUGGAAGGGCAAGAACGCCAACAAGGAGGAGAAGCAGCAGGCGAUGAGCAGGGCGCUGGGCUUCAUCAAAGCCAAGAACUACCCCAUGAGCACCAGCGUGGAGAUGGAGAACGAUGGGUCCGAGUCAACCCUCUUCAGGCAGCUCUUCCAGAAAUGGACCGUCCCCAACCAGAGCAGCGGGCUGGGCAAGACUCACACAGUAGGAAAAGUGGCCAAGGUGGAGCAGGUGAAGUUCGACGCCACCACGCUGCAUGCCAAGCCCCAGAUGGCCGCGCAGCAGAAGAUGGUGGAUGACGGAUCCGGGGAGGUGGAGGUCUGGCGCGUGGAGAACCGGGAGCUGGUGCCCGUGGAGAAGCGGUGGCUGGGCCAUUUCUACGGCGGGGACUGCUACGUGGUGCUCUACACGUACUUCGUGGGGCCCAAGGUGAACCGCAUCAUCUACCUCUGGCAG